GAAUUGCACUGUUGAAUUGAUGAGAAUGAUGAACUGGGUGAGGCAGAGAGGGCUGGUUUCUAUAGGGAGGCGAUUGCAUACCUAUGAUGGGCCAAGUGAGAGCUUGAAGAUGAAGAUGGCGGAGUUGGAGAAGAUGAGGAAGAGCAAGAGCUUCAAGAAACGAAAGAACAGAGUGUUCGUUGAGGUUCCGGAGCCUUUGACGUACUUAGACACAGCCACCAUGCCCAUGUACCUCGCCGCUGCCGGAAUAGCUCUCUUCGCUAAGCUCCUCAUGAUGUAUGAUGACUCAAGGUCGCAAGAAUUGAUUGAACGCAAGAUAAGGAAUGCUCCUGCUGAUCAAGGCACUGUUCGGAUGCUCAGUCGUGAGGAAUGGGAAGAAAUUCGAGCACAGAGGCCGAGGACUCCGUUUGAAUCCAAGCUUGCUCGUCCAAAUGCCCGUCUAAGAACUGGAGAACCAGUGCGCAUGGAGGAUUUGAAAGAUUGGACAAUUGAUGUGUUCACGGAUGCAUUUGCUCGGGCUGAAGAAAGUGUUAGACAUGGUUCCAAGUGACUUGUCCCUAUACUUUUGAGUAGUAUUACAUG